CCCGCGGGGCUCCUGCAGGACGAGCUGGUGGCCGACAUCCUCACCAUCCACUUCCAGCGCUCCCGCAACCGCGGCGGCGACGUGCGCCGGGUCACCUUCCCCACCCGCUGCCCGGGCGUCGCCCUCGUCACCUUCGAGGACGCGGGAGUUGUGGAGCGCGUUCUGGAGAAGGAUCAGCAUCUCCUGCAGGACCAGAGGCUGCCCAGGCCCUUCCCCCUGACAGUGACCCGCUACUGCCACAACGCCUUCCUCUGGGUCUCGUGCACGCUCAGCCUGGCUGUUUUCAGAGACCACUUGCUUUUGGAAGAUCUGCUGCAGGAGAUGCAGAAGCAGAGCCCGGGCUUGAUUUUUGGGGCUCUGCAGCGUGACGGGCAGGUGGCUGUGCAGGGCUCCUUCCCAGAGCUCCGAGUGCUGAGAGAAUUCCUCCUGCUGAAGGCAAAAUCCCUGCCAGAGGAGCCCGAAAAAGAGGGGAAACCCCAGCAGAGAGGCAGGAGGAAGCUGCAGGAGCCCAGAGGUGCUGCAGGGAUGAGGAAUUCCAGCCGGGGUGCACCGAGGGAAAAACCAGUGCUGGUUCUGGACACGGAUAUCUAUCACUACCUGAUGUGCUUCCCUCCCAGAGCCCUGCAGGGAAAUGAAGUUGUCAUUUCUGCUGUCACCGACGGUGACAUUGCCACGGUGAGCAUUGAGAGUGCUGCCAGCAAGGCUGGUGUUUUGCAGGCCAAGAAAACCAUUGCGAAUCACUCCGUGGAGCUGCAGAAGAUGCUGAGGAAGGAGAGGAUCUGCCUCAAGGAGCACGGCAGGGCUGAGAAGCAGAGGUACAAGGAGCUCUGCAAUAGGCUGAAGCCUCACUACCCCAAAGUGCUGGUCAUGCCCUGUGACACCCACAUCGACCUCGUGGGACCUUCUGCAGACGUUUUUGGGUUCACAGAGGAGGUGAAGAGGCAUUCCAGGUAGGAGUGAGGGCUCCUGGAGUCUGGAUUGCUCACCCAGACCGUGCCUGUGGCACCAGGAUGUCACUUUGUCCCACUCACAGGCUGGCAACUUUGCACAGGAGCACAGGAGGAUGACCAAGCCUGGUGCCCCCAGAUACCAAAUUUAGGUCAGAACAAAGCAAGAAAAAAAAAAAAAAAAAAAAAAAGGUCGCUGCAUCUUUCAUGAGCUUGGGGAUCUCUUCUCCCCAGAAACAGCCACAUUUCAUUUUGGUACCUUAGUGCAUUCUCAUCCCAACUUGCUGUCAAGGAGUACAUGAUGAGAAAAGAGAAGAGGUUUUGUUUUUAGUUUUUUUGGUUUUGUUUUUGUUUUAUUUUUAAUAAGCUGGGUGUGCCAGCCAUGUAGGAAACGCUGUAGGGAAGUUCUGUGUGAGGUUCUGUGAGGAGGUGACCACAGCAGCCAGGAAUGGGGACCUUUCCUGUGCCUUUAUCUGCCCAGGGACCCUUGGGAAGAGAGCUGGGACACUUGGCAGAGCAAAACACACCUGAAAUGUGCUUGAGAAAGCCUUGGCAAUUCUUCCUUGCGGGAAACAGGCAAGUUUGUUUUCAUAGGAGCAAUAAUGGGCUUUGCUUCCAGCUGUAAAGGCUUCUGCAGCAUCUCUUGGCAGCUGAUUAUUUACACAGGAAGGUGUGUCCAGGGAUUUGAUGGGAAAAUCUGGGGCUGUUCAGACUUUGGAAUCAGAUUCUGUGUAUGCAAAUCUGUUUCUGUAUCCAUUACAAGGUCACAAACGGUGUUUUUUUUUGUAAAACCAAUUUAGAAAAUCGCUUUGAUUUUAUGAUACCUGUAUGUUUAGAAUAAUUUGUCAGAAUGUCCAGAGCAGCUUUUCUGCCUGAUAUGCAAGGCAGGUUUUAGGGGUUUGUGCCAUUAAAGAAAAGAGUUGUCCAAAA